UCCUGUGUCGUGUUUACACCGGAAGUCAUAGGCACGACUACUUCCUUGGCAACCAGCGUAUCCCUGGCAACCACGCUACAGAGCUGGCAGGCGUUAGGCGGAAAAAUGGCGAUAACCGGUGCCAAAAAAUCACUUUGGCAACAAGUGUGUGAAGAGUUUGAAGCUGAGCAGCCCAGUCCUCCCAGUACCCACAAGCACCUGGCAACAGCGUCACCUCCACAAGUACCUGAGCGCCCUGUCACACAUUUUCUGGAGAAGAGAGUGUAUCCAGUGUUGUUGCCUGGACUGGAGGCUUUGCUGAAAGAAGCCGAGAAACACGACUGCUUCAAGAGUAAAAUGACAGCAUUUAACCCGUGCGACUUCCUAACUGAGUGGCUCUACAACCACAACCCCUGCAGGCAAGGACGAGACACAGUGAAGUUUCAUGACAUACCUUUUGUAAAGGACUGGCUCAGUGUGCAUCCCAGGCCUCCUCUCCCUCUGUUUCUGCUGUUGAGUGAGGAUCAGGCUGCUCUGCUCAUCCAAGCUUACUGGAGGGGAUACAAGAUCAGGGCACGCCCAGAUGUGCAGGAGCUGCGCCAGUGGCAGAGAGAACUGAGAGAGAACCGUGACAUUACCAAAACUGUCGAACACUUCUGGGCCCAACAAGAGAGCCGAGUGGGUUCGGCCAUGACAGAUCUUCCAGAGAGCCUCCUGCCUGGCGACUCAGACGUCUCCAUCCAGGUAGUUUCCCCAACUCCCCAGAGCACCGUGGUCCACACUCCCACCACCCAGAUGACCCCGGAGGGAGUUGAGUGGCUGACCCCGAGCCUGGGCAGCGUGGAGAAAAUGGCCUCAGCAUUAUCACCAGUGACUGAUUUCCUGGCUGCAUCCGAGUUUGGUGACAAAUCCCUGACUGCAGUGUCUCCAUCUUUACUGGGAAGUACGAACAUGAGCUAGACUGGUGGCGCUGUGAACUGAUAUCAUUAGCUCUGUGUACAAGGUUUCUCUGGUGUUUAACGGCUAUUAAACCCCAUUCGGUUGAUUUCAGACUGACCAAAGCAAUCAGUCAAACAAGCCAUUUAAAACGCCUGUAACCAAUUGGAUAUGGCCAGGCAGGGAUUUAUGGUCUGAGAUCCAUGUCUAAUUACCUGAUUGCCUUUCAUUGCCAUAUUGAUGGAUCACCUUCCUUCACGUGUUUCCCCCAGCGAAAGAACAGCAUAUCGCACAGUUCACAUAUUUUACUACCCCGCCAUAACACACUUAAUGUUUCCCCUCAGCACCUCUAGCUGAUAGCCCACUGGAAGAUAACUGAAUCAUAUUUUUCCUCUCCCUGUCAGUUUCUUUUUGCUCAGCAAUACACAUGACUCCACAAAAGAUGAGGUUAUAGCAUUUCCAUUCAAGCCAGGGAACUGAGGCCAGGGUGAAUGGUGCAGGGCAGCACUUUCCAUCCUGUUUAUCAGAACGGGAAAUUACCCUGUCAGGGAGGCGGAAAGUAAAAAAAAAAAAAAAAGCAAAAAAC